UGUGCCCCUAAUAAUGGCUACUUUAUGAUCCCUUUGUAUGAUAAGGGGGAUUUCAUUCUGAAGAUUGAGCCUCCCCUAGGGUGGAGUUUUGGCAAGCACGACAGUGCGUGUAACCAACUCCAAUGCCAAUGCGGCCAGUCCCCUCAUAGUUGCUGGCUACAAUGUGUCUGGCUCUGUCCGAAGUGAUGGGGAGCCCAUGAAAGGGGUGAAGUUUCUUCUCUUUUCUUCUUUAGUAACUAAAGAGGAUGUCCUGGGCUGCAAUGUCUCACCAGUGCCUGGGUUCCAGCCCCAAGAUGAGAGUCUGGUGUAUUUGUGCUACACGGUCUCCAGAGAAGAUGGCUCAUUCUCCUUCUAUUCAUUGCCAAGUGGGGGCUACACUGUGAUUCCGUUCUAUCGAGGGGAGAGGAUUACCUUUGAUGUGGCACCUUCCAGACUUGACUUCACGGUGGAGCAUGACAGCCUGAAAAUCGAGCCCGUGUUCCACGUCAUGGGAUUCUCCGUCACCGGGAGGGUCUUGAACGGACCCGAAGGAGAUGGUGUUCCAGAAGCAGUAGUCACUUUGAAUAACCAAAUCAAAGUGAAAACAAAAGCUGAUGGCUCAUUCCGCCUUGAGAACAUAACCACAGGGACAUACACCAUCCAUGCUCAGAAAGAGCACCUCUACUUUGAAACGGUCACCAUCAAAAUUGCACUGAACACACCUCAGCUGGCUGACAUUAUUGCAACAGGGUUCAGUGUCUGUGGUCAGAUAUCAAUCAUUUGCUUCCCCGACACUGUCAAGCAGAUGAGUAAAUACAAAGUUGUUCUUCAAGACAAGGACAAGUCUUUGGUCACCGUGGAGACGGAUGCUCAUGGAUCAUUUUGUUUUAAAGCAAAACCAGGGACUUACAAAGUUCAGGUGAUGGUUCCUGAGGCAGAGACCAGAGCAGGGCUGACAUUGAAACCCCAGACAUUUCCCCUUACUGUGACCGACAGGCCCGUGAUGGAUGUGGCCUUUGUACAGUUCUUGGCAUCAGUUUCUGGGAAAGUCUCUUGUUUGGACACCUGCGGUGACUUGCUGGUGACUCUACAGUCCCUGAGCCGCCAGGGUGAGAAGCGGAGCCUCCAGCUCUCUGGCAAGGUCAACUCCGUGACUUUCACCUUUGACAACGUGCUCCCUGGAAAAUACAAAAUAGGCAUCAUGCAUGAGGAUUGGUGCUGGAAGAACAAGAGCCUGGAGGUGGAAGUGCUAGAGGAUGAUGUGUCUGCAGUUGAGUUCAGGCAGACGGGCUACAUGCUGAGAUGUUCCCUGUCUCACGCCAUCACUCUGGAAUUUUAUCAGGAUGGAAAUGGACGUGAGAAUGUGGGGAUUUAUAACCUCUCCAAAGGAGUCAACCGAUUCUGCCUGUCCAAGCCUGGUGUGUACAAAGUGACCCCUUGCUCCUGCCACCGGUUUGAGCAAGCGUUCUACACCUAUGACACGUCCUCACCUAGUAUCUUGACAUUGACAGCCAUUCGCCACCAUGUCCUUGGAACUAUCACCACCGACAAAAUGAUGGAUGUCACUGUGACUAUCAAGUCGUCCAUCGACAGUGAACCUGCCUUGGUCUUAGGCCCUCUGAAGUCUGCGCAGGAGCUGCGGAGGGAGCAGCAGCUGGCUGAGAUCGAGGCCCGCAGGCAGGAGAGGGAGAAGAAUGGCAAAGAGGAAGACGAAGAAAGAAUGAUCAAGCCUCCCGUGCAGGAGAUGGUAGAUGAGUUACAAGGCCCCUUCUCAUAUGAUUUCUCUUACUGGGCACGGUCUGGAGAGAAAAUCACUGUUACACCAUCAUCUAAAGAGCUGCUCUUUUAUCCCCCUUCAAUGGAAGCCGUUGUCAGUGGAGAAAGCUGCCCAGGGAAGCUGAUCGAGAUCCAUGGGAAGGCAGGCCUGUUUUUAGAAGGCCAGAUCCACCCCGAGUUGGAAGGAGUCGAGAUUGUCAUCAGUGAAAAGGGGGCAAGUUCACCCCUGAUCACAGUCUUUACUGAUGACAAAGGUGCCUACAGUGUUGGCCCCCUGCACAGUGACCUGGAGUACACGGUGACCUCACAGAAGGAGGGCUAUGUUCUGACUGCGGUGGAAGGAACCAUCGGAGACUUCAAGGCUUAUGCCCUGGCAGGCGUAAGCUUUGAGAUAAAAGCUGAGGAUGACCAGCCGCUCCCGGGAGUCCUCUUAUCCCUGAGCGGUGGCCUGUUUCGUUCCAACCUCUUGACCCAGGACAACGGCAUUCUGACAUUCUCAAACCUGGUAAUGUGUUCUGCAAUUUACCACCUGCCUGUCUUCCCUGAGAGAGAGCCAGGAUGCAGCAUGCGAGACUUAUGUGUUGCUUGACAACGUGAGAAGAGAAAACCAAUGUGGAGUG